UUUUUUGGUUUUCUGUCCCGGCUCGUUUGUCCUGUUUUCCUCCCGGCUGCGUUUUUUAAGGUUUCAAGGGUCGAAAGCGUGUCCAAAAAAAUUUCCACGCUACACCGACAAUUGGCGUUGAUCAGCUUAGCAGAACUCAUUCCAUAGUGAUUUGUACUCGGGACCCAGUUCACUUGAGCUUCUUGCAGUAUCUUCACACACGCACUACGAGGCUCAACUGGUAUUUAGAGGGAAUCCUGGCGAGGAAGACACUGGUGGACGCUCGGCCCAGAAGCGAAGAACACAUUGUCAGGACAUAUUGCCGGAGAGAAGGUUUGGCGGUAGCAUAGGACGAUGAAUUCGAUAUCGAGCAUAAGCGAUAACCUGUUGAAGGCCAGACGGUCGCAUCGUCGGUUGAUGGCCGUUGUGGGAGUCUUGUUCUUCAUCUGUUUCGAGAUUGCUUUCUUCACGAGAGGAAGGAAUGACCGCCCUAGCACGUACAUUGCAACAGGCACAAGAAUGAACAGCGCAUAUAAGGGGAUGCUGAAGGAAGAUAUAAGCAGCAUGGCAUAUGGAGACAGAUGCUCCCGUUAUUUUGGCAUUCUGGACGAAAGCGACCCCAAGUGGGAGGUGCUGGGCUCAUUGAUAGCAUCGAAUGACCAUGAGAAAGAAAACAAGGACCAGUUCGUCGAGAGGAAGACCCGUGAGGUGAUGAACCAGUUGCCUGGUGAGCUUUCAGAAGCUGAAAAGACUCAAGUGCUGGAGGCAAAACACGUUAGACAGUCGUUUGAAGAGAUCUAUGACAAACUGAAUGGUGUUGCAAACGAUUUGGAGAGCAAUGUUGUCGACUCUGCCACGUCUGUGAGGGUUUACGGUGCGUGUUAUCUUGACCAAUUCGGGUUGUUCAACAAUGAUCCUCUCAAGAAUCAGAGAUGCUCCGAGUAUGGUAGGCGUUUGUUCAAAUGGCACACUGGACUAUCUCCUGUGUACACUCGUUGGAACGGUGAAGUACUGGAGAGUGCACCUGUGAUGGCUAAUUACAUCAAAGGCGGACAAGAACCACUGUAUCCUGAUCUGAAUGGUUGUAUGAUGUAUGACAUCAGAUCUUCCAUGAAUGGUAAGGGAAUAGCCAUAUCGGCGUCAGAUUCAAACGUCGAUGCGUUGAUUUCAUUGUUUGCCAUGCUGAGAGCAGUAGGCAACCAAUUGCCAGUCCAAGUUGUCCAUGCCGGUAAUCUAUCACCGGUGAGUGCAAACAGGCUACUCCAAGCUGCCAAUUCCCUGAUGCUGGAUUUGGAUUCAGUCCCAGAUCUCGACAGGGUGUUGAAGCAUCGUGGUAUUGCUAAGAGCUAUACUCACUUGGAUGAGAGUGAGCUGAAGUCCAUCUUCCCUCCGCUAGAGUUAUGGUAUGUCGAUGCCUCAAGAUCAAUUUCUCCUAUUUUCCUGAAGAAGUUCUCUGGAGCAGGCAGAAAGUUAUUGGCUUUAUUCUUCAACUCCUUCGAACACACAUUGAUGAUUGAUUCAGAUGUUGUACCGUUGGUCGAUUUGGGGAGCCAUAUCUUUAACAAUCACUUGUACAGGGAACAUGGUGCGCUAUUCUUUAGGGGCCGUGAACUUGAGGACAGCCACUCUGAGCACACUGUAGAGUUCUUCAAAAGCCUCAUGCCAACAAAGGUUGAUGAAUUGAUCUUCCACAUCCCAUCUGCUACAGAGAAGACACUCGGCAAUAGAUUCAUGGAGAAGGAAAAGCAUCCGUAUAUGGAUGCUAGUGUCCUUGCCAUCGAUCGCAAGAGAUAUAUGACUGGUAUUCUCAGCGUGAUGAACUUGAAGAUUUGGAAGCCUGUCGAGGAAAGAAUCAGAAGAGACAAGGAGAUGUAUUGGCUGGGGAUGUCUAUAGCGGGGCUUGAAGAUUAUUACAUGAACCACUGGACAGCUGGUGCUGUUGGGUCAGUGACCCCGGUAGACUACAGACUCCUCGAUGACAAGAUUGACAUCAGAAGAUCACACCUCAAGGGCCAUGAGAUAUGUUCUUCACACGCUGGUCAUCUCUCUCCCGUUGACAAUACCACUAUGCUAUGGAUGGACGGUGGUGCCUCCGUCUGUAAAUACCCGGACUCGUCUGACCAUGAUUUUAAGGGGAGAUACACCUUGAUGUUCAAAAGCAAGACAGAGCUGAGAGAACAUUAUACCUCGACAGAAAAGAUCACUGCGCUUAUUAUCACAUCACCAGAAGAGAACAAAGUGACGAACAACCUUGGGGAGAACGACUCAGGAUGGGGGAGAACAACCGAGUGUAGAGGCUCAGUGUAUUGUGCGUACGAUCGAAUUGGAGGACGACAUGAUCCGAAUAACUACGCCAAAAUGAUUACUUUCAACGAUGCAACGCAACUGAAGUACAACUUCGUUGCACAGGUUGGGCGAAAUGCAAAGAAGUUAUUGAAGUACUAGAGUCUAAGGCAUACUAUCCAUAUAUUUAAUACCAUUCGAGCCACAUAGUUAGAGC